CAACCUACUAACUGUACCUAAUUUAGCUUCACCUUCACGGGAAACCGCUUAAACGUACCUAAGGUAAUCUUGUUUGUAUGACUUCUACAGCCAAUGGGUGCAAAGCGUAAAGACCAACCAGAGCAACAGGGCGGAGCUAUAUCGCCUGCAUUGCCGUCCAAAUACCGCAAGGCCAACAAUGAUAAAGAGAAAGCAGAAACUUCCACUUCCGCUUCCACUUCCGCUUCUUCCGCUUCCGCUUCCACUUCCGCUUCCGUUUCCGCUUCUCCUAGCAAACUCCACCAUGGCUUCGAGCCGUACCCGCCAUCCAGGGUCUUCCGACUCCUAGAACCCGGCCCCGUGCUGCUAGUGACGACGGGGUCGCUCGCGGACUCGACGCACAACGUCAUGACCGUCGGCUUCCACAUGGUCAUGCAGCACGAGUCGCCGCCCCUCGUCGGCAUAUGCCUCGGGCCCUGGGACGCGUCGUUCGCCCGCCUCCGGAAGACCCGCGAGUGCGUGCUCGCCGUGCCCGACGUCGCGAUCGCCCGCACCGUCGUGGAUAUCGGGAAUUGUUCUGCGGACGACGACGAAGACGAGCCCGGCGGGAAAUGGCAGCGCUUCGGGCUCGAAGCCUGCCCCGCGGCGAGAGUCAAGGCCCCGCUCGUGGGCGGCAGCGACGUCGUCGCGAAUAUCGAGUGCGUCGUCGAGGACACUAGGAUGGUUAGCAAGUACUCCAUGUGGGUGCUGAAGCCCGUCAAAGCCUGGCUUAACCCGGACAAGAAGCCCGGGGAAGGCGGCCGCAUGUUCCAUCACCGCGGCGAUGGCACGUUCGUCGUUGAUGGCGAGGUCCUAGACUUGAAGGAUAGGAUGGUCAAAUGGCAGGAAUACCAAGAUUGAAAAUUAUAGUUGAAACAUAUCCUCUAAUUUUUUGGUAGUACCGACUAUCUAAAUCUAAACUCGUAACGACGAGUUGGGCUCUAAUCCUGAUUAUCAAUCUUUACAACUCCACGUCUACUCUAUCUAUUUCUUAUCUACAUUCUCCUCCUUGUCGCUCCCAGCUGCACUGUUCAUGAUGACGGUUGUAUCCUCAGAAUCUUCGGGUUUGCUGCCCUCACCUUCUUCUCCCUUGCUCGGAG